CAUGGUUGACAAAAUUUUUUUGCUUGUAGUGAAGUUGUAUUAAUUUAAUAUAUUCAUAUUUGACCCAUACUAGUGAUCUACAAUGGCCACACCCGUUCCACAGCGGCUGCUGGCUACCCUAGAAAAACUAGACAAGGCUACAUUUGAGACCUUCCAGUGGAACCUGAUGGAGGAAACACUCGAAGGCUUCAAUCCCAUGUCAAUCGCCAAUCUAGAGGAUGCUAGCAGGCACAAGACAGUGAGUAAGAUGGUGCAGGCCUAUAAGAAAGAAGGUGCUAUGAAAAUCACCCAGAAGAUCCUGGAGAACAUGGGAAUGAUUGAUUUAGCAGAUAAGUUAAAGACAGAUGUCGAAAAAGAUCAAGCUGCUACUCCCCAGUCUAGCCAGGAUCAAUCUGCAGUCAUGGAGACAAAGCAGUAUGGUGCCCAAUUUGUGGAUGAUAACAUGGAUAAACUUGUUCAAAGGAUUACCAUGGUGAUGCCAAUAGCAGAUGGCCUAUACCAGAAGAAAAUGAUCCAUGAUGAGGAUUACUCUGAAAUCACUGCGGCCCAAACCAGUAUGUCAAAGAUGAGAAAGCUGUAUGUGGCCCUGAAACCAGGAGGAGCGGAGGCUAAAUCAGCCUUUUACAAAAUUCUACUGGAUCAACAUCCUCUUCUAGUCAAAGAACUGGCUGGACUUGGACCAGCAGAAGGAUGAGGAGGAACAGGAGAACAAAUCUGAGUUGGUGAAGAUGAAGAGCAACCUGAGGAGAUCUAAGCAGGGGGCUGAUGGGGAGAAACACCACUUAGGGAGCCACAGGGGUGUGUGUUUGUGUGUGUGAAAAAGAGAGAACAGAUAUGUUCAUAGAAGUACAAUACCGUUCAAAAGUUUGUGGUCAUUAAGAAAUGUCCAUAUUUUCCAAAUCGUCAUUGUCAAAGUAGCUUGUCAUUUCGACCAUUUGUGCAGUAUUAAAAAGCCACAUUUUCCCCAGACCCUAGGCUACCAAAAAUGUUCCUCGUGUGUGCAACUUCUGUAAGUCCCUCUACUCCAGUGCUCUAUGCAAUUAUGCAAAUGCAGUAAUAUGCAUGCAAUGCUUCAUUAUAAAGGCUUAAAAAAUUC